CUCUGUAACCUGAGCAUUACAGUUCUUUAUCGACUCGCAAAAUGACUGGCCGUGGUAAGGGAGGAAAGGGAUUGGGAAAGGGAGGAGCCAAGCGUCACAGGAAGGUGCUUCGUGAUAACAUCCAAGGUAUCACGAAACCAGCGAUCCGUCGUCUGGCCCGUCGUGGUGGUGUGAAGCGUAUCUCAGGUCUGAUUUACGAGGAAACCCGUGGUGUACUGAAAGUCUUUCUGGAAAACGUCAUUCGUGAUGCGGUAACGUACACCGAGCACGCCAAACGGAAGACCGUGACUGCUAUGGAUGUCGUCUAUGCGCUCAAGAGACAAGGACGCACCCUUUACGGUUUUGGAGGUUAAGCAGGACAUCAUCAUCAUCAUCACCCGACGUGCGAUUACCAGCGAUCGUCAAAGCAAAUCGGCCCUUUUCAGGG